CCGAGGGGAGCCGGGCGACGGGAGAGGAGCCCCGGAGCCCCGCUGAACGCCCGCCGAGAGGGCGUUUUCCCCGCCCCCGGAGCCUAGCCCGCCCGGCCCGCCCCGAGCGCGGGGAGAUCACCUCCGCCCGUCACCUCCUCCCCUUGUCGCCUAGGUCCACCCGGGCCCCCUCCCCCGGGCCGCCCCCGAGCACGAAGUUGGCGGGAGCCUAUAAAAGCCGGUGCCGGCACGACCCGCGGACAUACAGUGCAGGCGCCCGAGCUGCCGCCGCUAGACCGGUGCCGAUUCCUGGCCAGCCCCGACCGCCGGCGCGAUCAUGUCCCAUCACUGGGGGUACGGCAAGCACAACGGACCUGAGCACUGGCAUAAGGACUUCCCCAUUGCCAAGGGAGAGCGCCAGUCCCCUGUUGACAUCGACACUCAUACAGCCAAGUAUGACCCUUCCCUGAAGCCCCUGUCUGUUUCCUAUGAUCAAGCAACUUCUCUGAGGAUCCUCAACAAUGGUCAUUCUUUCAACGUGGAGUUUGAUGACUCUCAGGACAAAGCAGUGAUCAAGGGAGGACCCCUGGAUGGCACUUACAGAUUGAUUCAGUUUCACUUUCACUGGGGUUCACUUGAUGGGCAAGGUUCUGAGCAUACUGUGGAUAAAAAGAAAUAUGCUGCAGAGCUUCACUUGGUUCACUGGAACACAAAAUAUGGGGAUUUUGGGAAAGCUGUGCAGCAACCCGAUGGACUGGCCGUUCUAGGUAUUUUUUUGAAGGUUGGCAGCGCUAAACCAGGCCUUCAAAAAGUUGUUGAUGUGCUGGACUCCAUUAAAACAAAGGGCAAGAGUGCUGACUUCACUAACUUCGAUCCUCGUGGUCUCCUUCCUGAAUCCUUGGAUUAUUGGACCUACCCAGGCUCACUGACCACCCCUCCUCUUCUGGAAUGUGUGACUUGGAUUGUGCUCAAGGAACCCAUCAGCGUCAGCAGCGAGCAGAUGUCGAAAUUCCGUAAACUUAACUUCAAUGGGGAGGGUGAACCUGAAGAACUGAUGGUGGACAACUGGCGCCCGGCUCAGCCACUGAAGAACAGGCAAAUCAAAGCUUCCUUCAAAUAAGAUGGUCCCAUAGCCUGUAUCCAAAUAAUGAAUCUUCGGGUGUUUCCCUCUAGCUAAGCACAGAUCUACCUUGGUGAUUUGGACCCUGAUUGCUUUGUGUCUGGUUUUCUAGACGCUUCGUCUCUUACUUGAUAGGCUUACUAAUAAAAUGUGAAGACUAGAUCAAUUGUCAUGCUUGACACAACUGCUGUGGCUGGUUGGUGCUUUGUUUAUGGUAGUAGUUUUUCUGUAACACAGAAUAUAGGAUAAGAAAUAAGAAUAAAGUACCUUGACUUUGUUCACAGCAUGUAGGGUGAUGAGCACUCAAUUGUUCACUAAAAUGCUGCUUUUAAAACAUAGGAAAGUAGAAUGAUUGAGUGCAAAUCCAUAGCACGUGAUAAAUUGAGCUAGUUAAGGCAAAUCAGGUAAAAUAGUCAUGAUUCUAUGUAAUGUACACCAGAAAAAAUAAAUGUUCAUGAUUCCAAGAUAUUAUAUUAAAGAAAAACUUUAAAAAUUAUUAUAUAUUUAUAGUAAAGUUAUCUUAAAUAUGAAUUACGUUGUAAUUUAGUGACUUUUGAAUUACGGAGAUGUAAAUGAAGUAUUAUGUGUAAAAAUUGUUAUAAUUAGAGUUGUGAUACAGAGUAUAUUUCAAUUCAGACAAUGUAUCAUAACUUAAUAAAUAUUGUAUUUUAGAUAUAUUCUCUAAUAAAAUUCAGAAUUCUA